AGUGCAAGGGAAAAGCAGAGUGGAGUGAGCAGCCAGUAGGGGAAAGAGCAGUUAAGGCACACACAGCACCAGCUCCCUCCUGCCUGAAGAUGUUCUACCAAAUUUGGGUAGCUCUGCUCUACCUCUAUGGUAUUAUCCUUAACUCCAUCUACCAGUGCCCUGAGCACAGUCAACUGACAACUCUGGGCGUGGAUGGGAAGGAGCUCCCAGAGGUCCACCUGGGCCAGUGGCACUUUAUUGCAGGGGCAGCUCCCACCAUGAAGGAGUUGGCAACUUUUGACCCUGUGGACAGCAUUGUCUUCAACAUGGCUGCUGGCUCUAUCCCAAUGCAGUUCCACCUUCGUGCUACCAUCCGCAUGAAAGAUGGGCGCUGUGUGCCCCGGAAAUGGAUCUACCACCUGACUGAAGGGAGCACAGAUCUCAGAACUGAAGGCCGCCCUGACAUGAAGACUGAGCUCUUCUCCAGCUCAUGCCCAGGUGGAAUCAUGCUGAACGAGACAGGCCAGGGUUACCAGCGCUUUCUCCUCUACAAUCGCUCACCAUAUCCUCCCAAAAAGUGUGUGGAGGAAUUCAAGUCCCUGACUUCCUGCCUGGCCUCCAAAGCCUUCUUACUGACUCCCAGGAAUCAAGAGCCCUGUGAGCUAGAAACUGACCUGUAACUUCAUCUAAGUCCCCAGACGGGUGCAGUGGGAGCUGAGUUGGAGGGAGAAGCUGGAGACUUUCAACUCCCAUUUAAGAUAAUAAAGAUGAUUUUUCAAUCCUCA